GGAGUAGUCCAAAGUCCAAAAUAGAGCAAGCCUGAAAGAUUUAACAAAACGAACGAUUUAACGCCCUGCGUCGAGGCAAUCACCCAAUCCGCAGGCCGCAGCAGUCGACCAAGGGCCAAGGCGACCUCCGUCCUCCGUGACCCCCGUCUAGGCCUCUAGGCGACAGGCCUGCCACCGCAGCACGCCAGCAGUCCAGCACCACAGCUCCGCGGCUCCGCACGCCACCAGUUCAGCCUUGUUCAGCCGUUCAGCACUUCAGCACCGCUGCACCGCACGCCGCCUACUCGCCACAGCAGAAUUAGGGACAAUGACAGAAUUACAGAAGGGAACGAACAAACGAAAUAUUGGGAGCAAGAAAAAAAGUGGAAAAACGAGGAAGAAGCAGAAGGUGAUGCCAUUUAAUGAGAAAAAAACUAAGAUAGGCAAUAAAAUGAAGAAGCUAUUUCAAAAAAGGGCAAGAGAGUACAAUUCAGAUGAGGAUGAUGAUAAGAAUGAUGAAAAUGGAGAUCCCACCCAGGUGGCGGGAGACACGUCAUUACAUGGUGAAAACGAUGAAUUUGACGACAACUCUUUUGAUGACAAGGAAGGAGAUGGCAGGGAAGAAAAUGGUGAAUCAGAAGACGAAGGUGGGGAAAUUCAGCCUGGAAUUACCAAGUUCAUGGAGGGAUGUAAGGCAUUCAAAAUGGCCUUCAAGAAAAUACUAAAAAACACUGCUUCUGAUGAUAUAUUGGGUCCGGUGUUAUCAGCACAUAAGAAGCUUGUAGCAGAGAAGCUUGCUGAAGAAGAAACAGAAAGGAAAGUGAAGGGUGAUGCAAAGAAGGAGAAACACUUGAUUGGAGAAAAGAAUCACGUCAAACCUGCUAACUACUUGGAUAUUCAUGAAAAGUUUCUGAUAGGAAUUGCUACGAAAGGAGUGGUCAAGUUGUUCAAUGCUGUUAACAAGGCUCAAAAUGCUCAAAGAGGCUUAAAUCCAUCAAGGUCAAAAGAUGAAAAAAUAAUAAAGAAGCGAAAGAAAGAUGCUUUUUUGUCUGAGUUGGGGAAGACCUCAUCGCAGUCUCCAGCUAGUGUUUUUCAAAAGGGUGAAACUUCUUCUGUUGGGUCAAAAGGCCCUGCUUGGGCUCCAUUGAGGGACAAUUACAUGAUAACCACGAAUCCGAAGUUGAAAGACUGGGAUAAAAAGCAGGAUAUAGCAACAAGAGAUGACUUUGGGAUGCAUGUAGACUCAGAUUCGUCAUCGGGUGAUGAUCUUAAUUAGUUUAUUGAAUGUUUAGAUGCGGCACUUGAGCUUAGUAACCAUCAUUUGCUCACUACAGUGAGAUUAUCACGAUGAAAGAGUUCGUUUUUCCCGUUUGGUUGAAAAUAUGGUCUAAACCAUGAUGGCAGCAUUAAAUAGAUGGGAGCAGUCAGGAGGAAUAGGGAGUCACCUAUUUGUUUUUAGUGUCAAGAACAUUGAUUACCCUGAAGUAUGAUUACAUAACAUUGAUAUGUAUGCUCGAGGUUGUGCUAAAAUUACAUGAACUUCAGUUGGUGCGAUUCAGGUCCACUUAUCUCAUGCAUAAUGAGGCUGGGAUGAAAUGGGCUCUCAUUAAAUCAGUUUUCUGGUUCUGAACUGGAAAGUUGGGAACUUGUCCAGAUCAGUUCCAGUUCCAGUCCCUCCAAAAUAAAACUUUGCUGUUUCCUUUUCUGAUUUUUAUAAAACAGCGUGAAACAAAAAGAAUUAUAACCUGGAACCACCCCUUGUAUGCUUGCGUAUUUGGUUGCAGUUGAACUGUUGUUAGAAGGUGGUAGUAUAGUACGAUGUGGACUAGGA